AUUUGUAAAUGUUGCUUAUUGUAUUCUUAUUUGCUUAACUGAUAAUAUUGUUAUCGCGUCAACGUUGAACUAUAACCUUGUUCGUACAAACAUCAUUAAGACGUGGAGAAGUUAAAGUGUUGUGGAACUAUUUUUCUGAGACAGUUUAGACAAUUCUCAGUCUUCAAAAUGAGUCAAAGUCAAGAUCAAGAGAAGUCCCAGGUCCGCAACAAGGUGACGAAGACCAUAGUUUCUUCACCGCAAAUAUACAAGCCCGUUGGACCUUACAGCCAGGCGAUCCUUGUAGACAACAAGACGCUGUACGUGUCAGGUACACUGGGCAUGGACCCCCAGGGCCAGCUCGUGGGCGGCGGCGCCGAGGCGCAAGCGAGGCAGGUGCUCACCAACAUGAAGCACGUGCUGGAGGCCGGCGGCGCUUCGCUAGAGUCCGUCAUCAAAACCACCAUCCUGCUGCAAGACAUGGCGGACUUCCAGGCUGUCAAUCAGGUCUACUCAGAGUUUUUCACCAAAGACCACCCAGCGCGUGCGACGUUCCAGGUGGCCAAGCUGCCGGCGGGCGCAGCCGUCGAGAUCGAGGCAAUCGCGCUCAGUGGCGACCUCGUCGUGGCCGAGGCGGGCCCGUGCCCAUGCACAAAAGAAUGACUAGCCGGAGACCAAAAGAUUACGUCCAAAAUAUAAAUACUUAUACCUUGUUCUCACUUUAAUAUAUUCACAAGUUUUGAGCUUU